UGUUUGCAAAUGUUAAUCAAAAGCAAAAAAAAAAAAAAUUCUUCAUUCAACUUUUCGCAAAAUGUCAAAACGACUUGUAGUUUUGCGUUGAAAAACUAGUAGAUUUUCAAAUAAAUAAUUUAAAUAGAAAAUAAUAUCUAUAUGAAGCGAUGAACUGUAAUAAUAUGGAGUUUUGUGACAACUUGGAAGAGUUAGAUGACGAGACUUACGAUGAAGAGAAGUCCACACGCACUACGGAUGAAAAUCGCAAGCAAAAUCACAGCGAAAUCGAGAAACGGCGUCGUGAUAAGAUGAAUACUUAUAUUAAUGAGUUGUCUUCGAUGAUACCCAUAUGCUAUGCGAUGCACAGAAAAUUAGAUAAACUGACAGUUUUACGUAUGGCAGUACAACAUUUACGUAGCAUACGUGGAGCAGUUCACGCUUACAGUGGUGCGGACUGCAAACCCACAUUCUUAUCAGAUCAGGAAAUGAAAAUGUUAAUACUACAGGCUGCAGAGGGAUUCCUGUUUGUUGUCGGUUGCGAUCGUGGUCGCAUUUUAUAUGUCUCUGAAUCGGUAUCUCAGGUGCUGAAUUGUACACAGUCUGAUCUUUUAGGUCAAAGUUGGUUCGAUUUUUUGCAUCAAAAAGAUGUGGCUAAAGUUAAAGAGCAAUUAUCGUCAUUGGAUCCUUGCCCGAGGGAAAGAUAUAUAGACGCCAAAACAAUGUUACCCGUUAAGGCGGAUAUACCGCACAGUUUAUGUCGCCUGUGUCCUGGAGCAAGAAGAUCAUUUUUCUGUCGGAUGAAAUUGAAAGCGAGCGGCAGUCAAAUUAAAGAAGAAUCGGAUACUUCUUCUAGUUCUCGCAGUUCGACAAAACGUCGCUCUAAAUUGUUGAAUGAAGAUAAGUAUCGUGUCAUACAAUGUACAGGCUAUUUGAAAUCGUGGACCCCUAUUAAAGAAGAAGAUCAGGACAAUGAGAAUGAAAAUCAGAUUUCAAAUCUAUCCUGCCUAGUGGCUAUUGGGCGAAUACCUUCAAAUGUUUUGGAGAAUCAAACACCUGCCUCGUUGGAUAAUCAUCCAAAUAUUAGGCACGUGAACUUUUUAUCACGUCACUCGGUGGAUGGUAAAUUUUUAUUCAUUGAUCAAAGAGCUACUUUAGCUGUAGGCUUUCUGCCACAAGAAAUUCUUGGGAGUAGCUUUUAUGAAUAUUUUCAUCAUGAAGAUGUUCCCGCUUUGGCCGAAUCGCAUAAGCUAGUUCUACAAGUGGCCGAAAAGGUUACCACUCAAGUUUACCGCUUUCGUUGCAAAGAUAAUAGUUUCAUACAAUUACAAAGUGAGUGGCGCGCCUUCAAAAAUCCUUGGACCACUGAAAUCGAAUACAUUAUGGCUAAGAAUUCGGUAUUUUUGUAAAUAUCAUAAAUAAGUGUCAAGUAAACGAUAAUCUGGAAGGGGAUAAAUAAAAUAUAAAAGUGUUUUUCUUUAUCUUCUCCAAUUCACUAAAUCGCAUAAAUUCGGUAGAAUGUAUCGCGGACAAAACUCUUUCUUCUAAUGUAUCGAAUUGUUUAUCCUAGU